CGCGGCACUUCUUUCUCUUUCCGGUCGCCAUACUUUAUUUAGAAUGGCUCCACGCAAAGGCAAAACCCAGGUGGAAGAAAAGGUUGCCUUGGGUCCUCAGGCCCUAGAAGGGGAAAAUGUGUUUGGAGUGGCGCACAUUUUUGCAAGCUUCAAUGAUACUUUUGUACAUGUUACAGACUUGUCUGGAAAAGAAACCAUUGCCCGUGUAACUGGUGGUAUGAAAGUAAAAGCAGAUCGUGAUGAAGCUUCCCCAUAUGCUGCUAUGUUGGCUGCUCAGGACGUAGCAGAAAAGUGCAAAACUUUGGGCAUCACUGCCCUGCACAUCAAACUCAGAGCCACUGGUGGUAACAGAACCAAAACUCCAGGACCAGGAGCCCAGUCUGCUUUAAGAGCUUUGGCUCGUUCUGGGAUGAAGAUUGGUAGAAUAGAGGAUGUCACUCCUAUCCCGUCAGACAGUACAAGAAGGAAGGGUGGACGUCGUGGUAGAAGAUUGUAAACCAAUACCAGCUGGUUUUUGACUUUAAAAUGAAAUGACAAACGAAAUACAUCUCCUUUGUCAGAUAUCAUUCUGAGCCAUGUAUAUUUAAAAAUGAAUAAAAAACUGAAAAUAUGAAAAGAA